AGCAGCAGCAGCAGCAGCAGCAGCAGCAGCAGCAGCAGCAGCAGCAGCAGCAGCAGCAACAGCAGCAGCAGCAGCAGCAGCAGCAGCAGCAACAGCAACAGCAGCAGCAGCAGCAGGGGGACCGUCACCGGUUCUAUGGUGUAGUGGUUAGCACUGCGGACUCUGAAUCCGCCGACCUGGGUUCGAGUCCCACAGCAGCAACUGCAGCAGCAGCAGCAGCAGCAGCAGCAGCAGCAGCGGGGCCCCCCAAUGGCUUCACUAUCUCUCCCGAGGCCCCAUCUUUUAUCUUCUUUCGCAGGUUUGGGGCCGCGAGCGAAUGGGAGGCGCUGCAGCUCUAG